UUUCACCGAAGCAGGAAGCGCGAACAGUGAACACUCUUAACGAUUAAACACUCUUUGGGUCCAGAUCGAGCAGCUGUCAGAGGACGAGGUAGAGCGUCACGACAAGCUGGAGGCUUUUGUUGUUUUAAAGGAAGAAAAUGCAGCACCGGAGCGAUUUCUCUCAGCGACACUUGUCCACAGCAAGAGUCAGGAUCCAGACAUCACAGACAAGCUUGUAAACAACGAGCCAAGACUGUGGCUUAUCCUGCUUGUUGUUUUUUGUUGGUUUUAAUCUCCUAAACUGAGGCUGGACAGAGAGGGGUGCUUCUGUCCAUCCGACAGGGACUAGUCCAGACAUGAGUAACGUGGAUCUGAUUUUUUGGGACCAGUUGCAAGCUGGCAGCUCCGACGUGGAUUGGUGUGAAGGCAAUUACCUUAUUUACCCCAGCAUCGCUGAGUUUUACAACACGAUCAGCAACAUUUUGUUUUUCGUCCUGCCUCCCAUAUUGAUGUGCUUGUUCCGGGAGUAUGCAGAACAUUUCAACAGUGGGAUCUACCUCAUUUGGAUCCUCCUGGUUGUGGUCGGAAUUGGUUCAACUUAUUUCCAUGCGACUCUCAGCUUCCUGGGCCAGAUGCUGGAUGAGUUGGCCAUCCUGUGGGUGCUCAUGUGUGCCAUCGCCAUGUGGUUCCCCAAAAGAUACCUGCCAAAGAUGUUCAGGAGGAAUCGGUUAAGGUUCAAAGUGGUCAUCGGCAUCUUGUCGGGGGUCACCACCGGGCUGGCCUUCGUUAAACCCGUCGUCAACUCGCUGUCACUCAUGACUCUGGGCAUCCCCUGCACAGCUCUGCUCAUUACCGAACUCAAAAGGUGUGAAAACCCACGUGUGUUCAAGCUUGGGCUGAUCUCAGGGAUCUGGUGGACGCUGGCUCUGCUCUGCUGGAUCAGCGACAGGAUAUUCUGUGAAAUGUGGUCAUCUGUUAACUUUCCCUACCUUCACUGUGCUUGGCACAUCCUCAUCUGCCUGGCCUCCUACCUGGGCUGCGUUUGCUUCGCCUACUUCGAUGUUGCGACCGAGGCCCCGGAGCGCGGCCCCGUCAUUAUGUUUUGGCCCAACGAGAAGUGGGCAUUCAUUGGUGUGCCCUACGUCUCCUUACUCUGCGUCCCCAAGAAGUCAACCAUCAAGGUGACGUAACGUGGCCAGAGUUCUCUGCUCUGCGGCCUCGACGCCGACGAGCUGCGCCUCUGACAGCCAUGCUGCCGUCGCUUGAGGGGUGUCCGCCUCUCAAGCACGUGAAAGGAUGAACUUGCUCCUCCUCUGGAUGGAAUUUGAUGUCACUCUGUUUUAACGUGCAGGCUUACGUUUUAACAUCGAAGCAGAAAAACAUCUCCUUCUCUGCUUGAGACAUCAGGUAAUCUGUAACGAGACUUCUUUGAAGAUAAAUGUAAUGUGUUUUAUGAUUGUUCCAAAACCUCAGUACAACAAAUGAUGCCUUUCAACCAAUACACCAGCUCAUACAUGCUGCUUGGCCAUUCAAAAACAUGCUGAGAAAGCAUAUAGCCCUGAAUCAAUUGACCAUGAAUCAUAUAAACUCACAGCUAUCAGGGAGUUGUGUAACCUUUUGAAUUCACAAGAACCAAGAAGGUAAUUCACACAAAGCCUUAUGUUGUUUUAUAUUUGUGGUUUGUGCUGAAAUGCUUUGUAAUGAAGGAUGUGAGAAACAUGUUGGACAUCCUUUACUUUCAGCUAUUGUGAUUGUUGAGAAUAACUUAAGAGAAUUGUUAUUUAAAAUGUGCUUGUGUGUAUUUUAUUACCCAGUAUUGUAAUAUGCAGUUGCUUUCCAAAGAAAAUAAUAUUUAUCCUAUAUUUCUACAAAAAUAGGUACUUUUACAACAGCCAAAAUAAAAAUAAAAAACGAAUCUGAACAUUUAAACAGGAAUAUUACACUCUGAAUAUUGAAUCUAAAAAUAUGCUAAUAUUUAGCUUUUCAAUUUCAAAGGUUUACACSUAGUUUUUCUCUUGGACAUCUAAGUGUGUUAGGUUUUCCUGCAGGUUGAGCCACCUUGGAAAUAGCAAAGUUUUAAUUUUGGUUGACGUGAAUGUGCUUUGUGUCUGAAAGUUUAUGGUCACCACUCGCUAAGCAUUCUUUAAAAAUGCAAAACAAGCACUUCAUCAGUUAACAAACCGAUCUGCUGAAUAACUAUUAAAUAAAAGAAUGGAGAAACUAAUAAGAUCAUACUGUUUGUUAGCUUGCCAGUCUGGUCAGAAUUAAGUUCUGUUUCUCCAAAGUGAGCUAUCAGGAAAAGCUACGUGUCUCCAACAGGUUAGAUAGUAAUUUUUUUUUAUAAUAACUUGUAUCUCUUUAAGCCAAGUCUAAAGUAGAUGUGUUCAUCAGACAAAAAACCCAUCAUAGGUGUGAUCAAUAAGGGAUGUAAUAUGGGUGUAACACAAAAUGCUCACCCACAAAGCACAAGAAUCUUGAACACUUUUUCAUCUCAAACCUUGAUUGGAUAUGCCUCCGUCCCUUAAAGCAGCUUUAUGUUCUGCCUGUCAUUAUGCAGAGGAUUCUGGGAACACAGCCUGCAAAAAUGUGUUGUGCAAUCGUGACAAUUAAAAUGAAGAUCUUUUUUUUCCCAAAGAGACCAGCUGUUUCAUGUAGAAACUGAGGCAGUUAUUUUUAACAGCAGUAGUUUAACAUGAUUUAGUUUAUUUUUUUGUAAGUUUUUUUUUGUAACAUGGAGAAGCAGCCAAAUACUGAUGUGUGUAUGAGUUUGAUUUUACAGUAUUACUAUUUUUUGUAAGGCCAGGCCUUUUAAAUGUAAGUUUAGGAGAGGUUUGAGAAACAAUGUGAAGAAAUAAAACUUUUAGUGUAUCACAGGAAACACUGAGUAAUGCAGGUGAACUUAUUUGUGCCAUGUAGUGAAAACAGAGGAAAAUUAAGGAAAGCCAGUGAAAUCAGCUUCAGGUGAGGAAAUGAACAGAGCAGAUGGUUAAAUUAUGUGAUGUUUAACCACAGACAGGARGUUUUACUUUUUUACUUACAGUUAUAUGAAUCUCAGUGCUGUUUCACUUGCAUUGACAAUACAGAUAAAAUGCACAGAAAUAUUUAUUUUCAUAAAUGAUCCUGUUUUGUAAACAGACAUUUGUAAUGUAGAAUUUUGGUGUAUUGUUUUAUGUAAUAAAUGAACCAAAUAUA